AUGAGUGGCGAUCAACGGCAGAAAAUUAAACCGGUACGGUGCUUAACAACUGUAAAAAGACUAAAUGUGGAAUUAGUACAUGUAUUCCAAACCAUAUGGUCAGUUUUUGGAUCGACUGGACAAUAUCAUGCAAAAGGCGGAAUCAUCAAUGUUCCUGCUUCUGUGAAUCGCAUUGUGACUGCAAUCCCUCGACCGUUACAAGAUACCAGCAUCUACCAUGUCCGUUUGGCAAGAAAAAUGUCUUUUGCAAGGUCAUAUGUGGAAGGAAAUAUUCGUCCUGCUGUUGUGCAUGAGGCGGCACGUAUACUCUCUGAAACAGAUCUAUAUCGAGAUCAUGGCGUUCAAUCGGUGACGGGGCGUGAUUAUGACGAUCAACCUAUCAAUCCUGAUGGUUCGGAAACUCUGAUUACUGGUGAUGAAGGUAUUCGAUUUGCGCCAGUCGAAGGACAUACUCCACUAUCAAUAGCAACGGAUGUUGAUAGUGAAUACCUAGCAUUUCCGUCAAUUUUUGGUGGUGCUCGAUUACAGCCAACAACAAACGUAUCCUACGCUGACAUGACAAAAUCCAUCAUUCGAAGGUAUGAUCGUCGUGCUACUCGUCGACAUGAUUACAUAUUAUUCGCUGACAGAAAAUUACAGAUACAAAAACUACCAGACGCUCCAUUGAAUGACUACAAGUCAAUUAGUGAAAGUGAAUUAUGGAGCACAUACUUCGAUCCCAUCCUCUCUUGUUUGGUUAGUGAUCCUGAACGACUGACGCAUUUGCGCUGGACGAACACCAUCCCAAAUGAAAAGGGAAAAUCUCGACCGGACGCCAUUAUCAGCGAAAAACCACAACUUGACUUUCUAGGCAGCGUUGGCUAUGGGGAAGCAAAAAUAUAUCAAGGGAAUGGAAACAAACACGCACUAUGCAUGGAUACUCUUCGUCUCGUUGUCUUCAAUAAUGUGGUGUCUAUAAGAUAGAUCUGAAUGAUCUAUCUUAAAAUCAACAUUUUGUGUAACAGCUGUCAUUUAUAUGUUAGGGAGUUUUUUAUUGCGUUAGCUUUUUC